UAACAUCAGAAGUAUGUGAAGUUAUUGUGACACACAGCAGAAUUUAACGUGUCUGGUUGUCAUUGCAUUACACCGUGUCUACGCCGACACGGCAAAAGACAUUAGAAACGCAUUAGAACACAUUAUAAUUUCACAUUUUGUCCACACUGGAUGCGGCAGGUUGUCGCGUCGCGUCGCGUCGCGUCGCGCCUGUCGCGUCCGGUGUAAGUAAAGGUUGUAAGAUUUGAUGAGAUGAAAUACUGAUAAAAAUUCAGAGCAAAUGUAUUGUGACACUUCGUGGUUAUCUACACCUGUGAGCACUUCGUACAGCCACAAUAAUGUGUUAAAGAAGUAAAGAUAUUUCAAUGUAGUGUUCUUUGAUUCGAAGGCUGUCUGUAUUAUAAUGCCACGUUUCACUGAAAUGAUUAUUUCUGUUGAUCAUUAUUGUUUCAUGUGUAAUGUUUGCAUGUUGAGUUACAUGGAUGGUAAAUGAGUGACUGGUUUAUUUUCAUGUGCUGUGGGAUUUUCUAGGUACUAAAAAUAAAUUAUAUUGGUACCAUACUUGUACAUGCCAUUAAUACCACAAUAUUGCUGUCAUACAUAUGGAAACAAGGCCUGGUUUUAAGGUUGCUCUUCUUUGUUCCGUCUCAUUGAUGUCUCGAAGGAAUAAUCAAAGAGAUCUCAUCUGUGAUCCGUGAAAUAUUGUGGUGGCACUUUUUGUUCUUGUUCAACUUCAUUACAAAGUUAAUAGAUUUUGAAAGUGAAGUGUUUUAAGUCUGUUCAUCUGGCUGGUGUCUUUUGGAGCUGUGAACACACGGAUGGCGAGUCAGUGCUCAUGUGCGCGUGUCUCUGGAUGAUCAUAUCACUGGUGCCAUGUGGAUCAAUUCUGUUCCAUAUGAAUACAGCGGGAUAUUAGCUGUCAUCACAAGCACGUGUUCUGUGUGUCUACUGGGAUUAUUUUAGUUGAUAUUUGUGUAAGAAGUGUAUAUACAUGAUCUUUAGGUCAUGCACGCACUUGUCUGGGGAUAAAAGUAUUAUCAUGGAUCUUAAUGGUCACUGCUAUUUAUUCCUGGAUGCUUUUAACAUGACUGUCCUGUUUUCUGUCCUCAAGUCUGUCAUCCAGAGACAUUAUUUCAACGUUUUGAUAAUCUGAAUAAAGACUUUAACAUUACUAGAACAGUGAUGUUUUGUGUGAUGUCAGGGUUUAACUAUACAGAAUGCAGUUGCUAAGGUGUUGUGAAUGGUUUACAGAGUAAUCUCAAAAGACCCCCGUCCCCCCCGGCCGGUCUCCAGAUGUGACGUUGGUCUCUCGCUCAAUGUAAGUCUAAAAAUCACUUGUUUUGUCGUUCAGCAGCAGGCAGAAUUGGUGAGUCUGGUUGUUUGGAAAUUGAAUUGAACUAUUUUUUUUCAGAUUUAUGCUUUUCUUAGAGGCUAUUUCAUAUAUUUUUGUUAAUUUAUACCUUGAAAGGUCUGUGUUUUUGUGCAUCAGGUACUCUUUAAAGACUGUCGUGUCAAUACAGUGAUUUAUGAAACUGGUAAUUAUUUAAUACUGUGUCAUGUGUAACUGUACCACGGUAUCACUGCAGUACUUUUAUUUUGUUACGUUUGACAUUAAUGCCGUUUAGUUCCUGUUGUGCUCAUCUGUAGGGUUUAUUGUGUUACCAUGACGACACCGCCGGGUUUGCGGUUGGACUUUUGACUCUGGGAUUAAUCUGAAACUAUAAUGAACGACUCACACCCAUUCCUACAAAAAUACAGAUUCAUCGCCAUGACGACCUGUGCACCAAUCAGAAUGCGUGUCUUUUCUCUCAACUGCUGGGGCAUCAGGUUCCUCACCAAACAGCGCAGAGAGAGAUUUCUCAUGAUCAGAGAUCUGCUCUAUCAUCAACCGUUUGACGUGGCUUUACUGCAGGAGGUCUGGUGUGAGGCGGAUUUUCUCUUCUUAAAGGAGAAGCUUGGCAGUGUUUAUCCUCAUUCACAUUAUUUUAAGAGUGGGUUUAUCGGGAGUGGACUGGCUGUCUUCUCCAGACACAGAAUUCAUGAUGCUUUUCUCUACAGAUACUCAUUAAAUGGUUAUCCUUACAUGGUUCAGCAUGGUGACUGGUUUGGUGGUAAAGCUGUCGGGAAGAUCGUGCUCGGCAUAACUGGACUGACAGUUCACGUGUUUGUCACUCAUCUUCAUGCAGAAUACUGUCGAGAGAGAGACUCGUAUCUCCCACACAGAGUCGUGCAGGCCUGGGAGCUCCUGCAGUUUAUAAGGCACACUAGUGCCGGAGCAGAUGUGGUGAUCAUGGGUGGAGAUUUGAACAUGCAUCCGGAUGAUCUUGGUACCAGACUGUUGAGGAGCUACACGGGACUGAAGGACUGCUUCACAGAGACGGACAGCUUUGAUGGAUGUGAGGGAGGGAACACGCAUAUAAGCGAAAACCCCUUCACAAACUCAGAUGAACUCGUUCCAUUUGGUGGAGGAGUCCGGAUAGAUUACAUUCUGUUCAAGGGAUCUGAACAAGUAGAUGUAAGCUGUGAGUCUUUGAGCACUACUAAGGGUCCCGUCCCCGGACACCCCUUCUCUUAUUCUGACCACGAGGCUCUCACGGCUGAAUUCCUGUUUACUCCAAAUAAAAAGAAGCAUCAACGCUCAGAGAGAGAGGUUGACUGUUUUCCAGAUAAUCUUCCUGAUCUGGUAAACACGGUAAAUGAAGCUCGCACUGAAGUGAAGGUGGGUCUUCACUGUGCCGAGCACAUGCGGCACACGACGGCCCGUACGGGCAUCAUGGGUCUCGUUCUGUUAGUUCUCGAGCUAGCCAUCGCUGCUGUUCCCAUAUUUGCUCUGGGAGAUGAUCAGCCCUUUCCUAAAGCCUCCUUCUACCUGCUGGGGGCGCUCUGUUUUGCCAUCCUGCUCUUCACAUCACUGCUGUACAUCUUCUACAGUAUGGAGGUUAAAUCACUGCAAGGUGCUGAAGAUCAGAUGAGACUGGCUUUGGGAAGCUUACAGGAAAGAUUAAAGGAGUCCCCCAAGGGUCUGUCUUCGGUCCAUUCAGAAACUGUUCAGUUGAAAUCUUAGUUGGAUGUGAAGUUGACCUAUUAGACAGCAGUUAUGAAAAAGGACUCUAUUGGGCCACUAUGUUUUAGUCUUAACCAAAAGGUGUUUUGUUUCUAGAGUUUUUAGCUCGGGCCUUUGGAUUGACAGCCUGUUCAUCACAAAUGCAUUUAACAUGAAGAGCUAUCCUCAGAGGAAAGUAAAGGGAACUUACAAUACUUCACGACAGAUCCACUGAGAACGGACCACUAUGAAUUUCAGCUCAUUGUCUUAAAUUAUUCUUUGUUUACAGGUUGUUGUUAUUUUAUAAACUGAGACCUGCUGGGCAGAAGUCUCUGUUCUUUCUACGUAGUCGUCUUUGUUUGUGUUUUAACUGUGAUUGGUUCAGGUUAUGUACAUAAGAAGGUCAUUUUGUGAAUAUCAGAAACAGACUCAUAUCUUCAGUUGAUUCUGUUGUGGAUGAUAAAGAUGAGGAACAUUUCACAGUUGAACUGUAGGUGGUGCAAUGAUCCAUUUAUUUGUAUAACCACUCCAUAAUGUAACUGUAGAUGUUAAGACACUUUCCUCUGAUACUGUACAACACUUUCAUUACAUAACUGUAUCUUUUAUAAAAGAAAUAAACAAUACACAUCAUCUUU